ACGUCAUGACCGAUUACAAGUUUAGAGUCUUGGCAUAUUCUUACAUCGGUAAUGGGAUAUCAGGCCCAGCAGUAGUGAUACGAACAUCAGGAUAUGGAACCUUGUUAGCUCCACAAACGGUAGUAGCAUACAAACAAGAUGCUCAAAGGAUCGUGGUGGAAUGGUGUUGUAUCUCCUCGUGCAUUUAUUUAUCAAGCAUAACAACAGAAUCAUCUCAUGUGCUGAUUGACGGCUUGCUACCAUUCACAUCAUACGGGGUCUCCGUAACUUCACUUAACGAUCAAGGAGAGGGAGCAUCCAGUCCAGAGGUUGUUGUAGCGACUGACGAAUCAGUUCCAAGUGCGCCUCCUGCAAACGUAAGAGUACGUGAUUUAAUAAGUACAUCGACAAUCCAAGUUGACUGGGACCCAGUUCCCAUAGAGUACGCUAACGGAAAAGUACUAGGAUACCACCUGACGUACCAAGAAAAAGUAGGCUUUAGUAAUUUCGAUGUUCAAAAGCCCACGAUGUCUCGUCAGUAUUCAGAAGAGAAAACAGAUGUGAUUCUUCAAGACUUGACGCCAUUUACGACCUACAAAAUACAAGUCAGAGCAUUCACUAGAAAAGGAGAUGGGGCACCAUCUAGUCCCAUAAAUGCUGGGACCUGUAACUGUCCACGAGACCUUUACACCAACUGGGCCUCGUAUCCUCCAUACGUGAACAGUUCCUUGCCAGAUGGCCUCAUAGGGGGGAUAUUCGGCUCUUUCUUUAUUAAAAUGAUUACGGAUAUUUGUGGUACAUGCCUAAAUGGUCAUGGAGUAACUUCUGUUCAUUUUGAUAAUGACGUCACUGGUUUCUCCCUCAAAAAAGAGACGCCAAAUGAGGUCAAAAGUAGCAUUAGUGACAAAAGUCAUCUCAGUUUUCCUGUCAAUGAUUACGUCAACGAGGAACACGAGUUUGUCCCCAUCGUAAAAUCGCCUGGAAUCGCUUUCAUUACUUUGAAAGAUACAGACAACAGCCAUGAUAGUGUUUUGAUGAAUAUCGUAUUCCAGUGCUGGCCCAUUGUGGUUAUGUGCUUGGCUAUGCCUUACUUGGCAGCAAUCGUUGUCUG